UCAACGGUGCGGCGCGGCAGGAUGGCGGUUCCCGGCCGGCGGUGAGGGCGAGUGGAAGGAGGCGAAGCGCAGCCGGCGGCGGGUGGAGAGCAGCGGCGAGGCGGCCAUGUCGAGCGGGGCGCCGGGCAGCUCCGUCUCCGACCCGCAGCACGCGGCGCGGCUGCUGCGGGCGCUGAGUUCCUUCCGGCAGGAGGGCCGCUUCUGCGACGCCAACCUGGUGCUGGACGGGCAGGAGAUCCCCGUGCAGACCAACAUCUUGGCCGCCGCCAGCCCUUACGUGCGAACAAAACUGAACUAUAACUCUCCCAAGAAUGAUGGAUCCGUGUUUAAAAUUGAACUUGAAGGGAUAUCUGUGGAGACCAUGAAAGAGAUUCUGGACUACAUCUUCAGUGGUCAGAUUAAGCUAAGCGAAGAGACUAUCCAAGAUGUGGUACAAGCUGCUGACCUGUUGCUGCUUACAGACCUAAAAAAGCUCUGUUGUGAGUUUCUGGAGGGUUGUAUUGCUGCUGAGAACUGUAUUGGCAUUCGGGACUUUGCCCUACACUACUGCCUGCUCCACGUACACUACUUGGCCUCGGAGUAUCUGGAAACGCACUUCCGUGAUGUCAGCAGCACAGAAGAAUUCCUAGAACUCAAUCCUCAAAGGCUAAAAGAAGUGCUGUCUUUGGAGAAGUUAAACGUUGGGGAUGAAAAACAUAUUUUUGAAGCAGUCAUUCGGUGGAUUUCCCAUGACCCUGAAUUAAGAAAGGUUCAUAUGAAGGAUGUUAUGUCAGCUGUGUGGGUCGCUGGAUUGGACUCUACCUACCUGCGUGAACAAAUGAUGAAUGAGCCAUUGGUUCGGGAGAUUGUCAAAGAAUGCAACAACAUUCCACUCACCCCACCCCAGCAAGAAGAGGCGUUGCUGGCUUCUUUUAAACCCCGAGGAUACUCGGAGUGCAUCGUGACUGUCGGGGGUGAAGAAAGAGUCUCCAGGAAGCCCUCAGCCGCAGUGCGAUGCAUGUGCCCUUUGUACGAUCGUCACAGACAAUUGUGGAUAGAGCUGGCUCCUAUGAGUACAGCCAGGAUAAACCACAGUGUACUUUCUGCAGAGGGAUUCCUGUUUGUCCUGGGAGGUCAAGAUGAAAACAAAACGACACUAAAUUCGGGCGAAAAGUAUGAUCCAGAUGCAAAUACGUGGAGCCCUUUGUCACCAAUGACUGAGGCACGGCACAAUUUUGGUCUGGUCGAGAUUGAUGGGGUGCUGUACGUUUUGGGAGGUGAGGAUGGAGAACAGGUGCUCACUUCCAUGGAGUCCUAUGACAUUUACAAUAGAACAUGGACAAAGCAACCAGACUUAACCAUGAUUAGGAAGAUCGGUUGCUAUGCAGCUAUGAAGAAGAAGAUCUACGCAAUGGGCGGUGGUUCCUAUGGAAAGCUCUUUGAGUCUGUGGAAUGUUACGACCCGAGGACUCAGCAGUGGACGGCCAUCUGCCCACUGAAAGAGAGGAGGUUUGGGGCCGUGGCGUGUGGCGUGGCUUCAGAGCUCUAUGUCUUUGGUGGCGUGAGGAGCCGUGAUGACAAUCAAACCAGUGAGAUGGUGACGUGCAAAUCGGAAUUCUACCACGAUGAAUUCAAAAGGUGGAUCUAUCUGAGUGAUCAGAAUUUAUGCAUCCCAGCCAGUUCCUCAUUUGUGUAUGGAGCCGUGCCCAUUGGGGCCAGCAUAUAUGUGAUUGGGGAUCUGGAUACAGGUACCAGUUACGAUUACGUUCGGGAAUUCCGAAGAAGCACAGGAACAUGGCACCCGACGAAACCUCUCUUCCCAUCCUACCUUCGCCACACUGGAUGUGCCGCUUUGCGCAUCGCCAACUGCAAACUCUUCCGCCUCCAACUCCAGCAGGGGCUGCUCCUCUCCGUCCGCGCCCGCGUCCCUUCUCCUUGACCGUCCUUCAACGCAGCGGCCGGGAAGAGGCGAGCCCGGGAACGCCCGUUGUACUAAUAAUCGCUUUAUAUAAAAUGGAGAAGCCAACGUCCUGCAAGCAGACGUUUAAACCGUAUACUCGGCUUUGGUAUGAUAACCGUUCUAACUUUUCUUUCGUUGCUCGAAACGCUUAAGCCUCAGCCUGUCUCUGGAGCAACUCACGGUAGAAAAAUGGAAGAGGUCACGUUACUUACACGUGCUCAGCCCUGCGGCUGCGGCUGUCCCUGGGCGUCCAACGAAGAACAGUAGUGUAAAAAUAAAACCUGCGGAAAAUGGGGCCGCAUCUGCAGGAUGUGUUUUCACCGAGGGGGGAAUGGUUACGAGUUACAAUGUUGGGCUGAUCUAAGGAAGCCCAGCUGGCAGGAGAUCUACUGAAUGAAAAUCGAUCUCUCUCUCUCUCUCUGUGUGAUGCCAAAAGAGACUUUUUUUUUGUAAGAUCCACUGGGAGGAGGAGAAAACGGGCAGGUGGACUUUUAUUUUCACCGUUUUCUUUGCAAUUCUUUGCCCCGGAAGGACAGAAUGACACGUAAAGCCAUCGUUCACACUUUUUUAAUUCCUAGGAUUUUUUUUUUAGUGCAAUGGACUUAAUCUCUAAAACCAAGCCCAGCGUUGUGCCGUUAAAAAAAGGGAACUAAAUAUUAUUAUUAUACUGUAGAUCUUUAUUAUUUGUGGUUCUCCUUGAAGCUGUUGUGGACUUCAGGAGCGGAUCUCAAUUAAUGAGUUGGGUGAGGAUGAAUUUCAGAAGUGCCAUACUUUAUUAUGAAUGGGGCAGGUAGCCCAUAUUUAGGGUGGGAGUGGGGGGGGAGCGGAAGAGCGAUAAUACAAGGAGGUGUGAUACAAGAUAUCUUAAUAAUUUAAGAUAAAUAUAAGAUAAUACAAGAUAAACCUGAUGCAUAAACAAUGCUGCAACGUUCCAGGAGUAGAAAUAUAUAUUCCUAAACGGCUGUAUUAGGGAUGAAAGGUGCAGAAGAUAACUAUUUUUUUUUAAUCUUGUAAAGUGGGAGAGGGGCGGUGAAAUUAUUAAUACAUUUCAGACACUGUCUGGAGAAUUAUAUGGGGAUCCAACGUUGGUGGCGUAAAAAUUACCUCUUUCUCAGAAACUUGUGCUGAAUGUUGUUAAUACUACUACAGUGAAGGUUUUAUUUUUAUUUUCCGUUUUAUACGUUUUAUUUUUUGAUCAUAAAUAUUAAUAUUUAAUUAGACUACAGAUAAUUUGUUAGUCACACUACUGUUUACCUUUCUACUUAAGCGUUAUUUUGUUAUCUUGUUAAUGAAGCUCUAUAAACUAAAAGCAAAAAAAAGGGGGGGGGGGGUCACACCAUUGAAAUACUCCCAUGUUCUUGCACUGCAGAUUCUGGAAAUGGCGCUGUUCCCCGUAAUGGCAUUGUUUUCCGUUGUACGUGUGUGCCCAGCAAUGCAGAUUAUUUGGCCAGAUGUUUACAGUAAUGCGAACCAGUGUAAUUUCUGUGGAUGUUCUCAGAGCACAUCUCAGGGCUGCCAGAUGUUUCUGAACUACCGCUCCCAUCAUCCUUCGUGCCCUCGAAGGUUGGGGUUUCAGCACUUGUGGUUCCAUAAUGUGAAAGUCCCCAUUCCUCCACGUUCUGGAGGAGGAAUGUAGACCUCCAGAUUGUGGGCCUUUCUCUUAGAAAGCCCAUAUUUUGACAGGAGGGCUGUCAUCGGUAUACAACACUAAGACUAUAACAUCUGGGGUUAAAAAUCGAAUCCUAAGCACAUUUUAAAGUUUUGGUUCUCUUGCGAGAAAAGAUCUGCUAUGCAUCCCUUCGUAGGUCUACUAACAGACCUACAACAAUCCAAUUGUGGAGGGCUUGCUUUCACAUCAGACGUGCAUUCUUACCAUGUUCUCCGUGUGUUAGCUGGAUCUUCUUCUUCCUUCAAAAAGUCAACACAUUAGAUAAAAGAUAGACAUUUAGCUCACUGUGGCCGCGAAUAUUGUUCCUCAAAUUUUGCUUUUUUCCGACGUCAGAAGUAUUUUGGAAAGUUUGAGAAGCUGCUCCUUGGAGCACUCCUCCACCUUCUUCUACAGCAGGGGAGUCCAGUUUUGGCAACUUUAAGGCUCAUGCUGGAAAUUCUGGGAGUUGAAGUCCACGAGUCUUAAAGUUGCCAAGGUUGGACUCCCCUAUCCUCAAGUCACUCUGUCUUAGUGGAAUAAGGGUCCUUUUCUUAGUAGUCAGCUAUUUUCCCUCCUUACAAUCCCCAGCCACUUUACCUGGCAAUUUAAGGCAAAGGACACUCUUCAAGGUUUCCCUUGAGUUUCUUCUGGCUCUCUUGAUUUAAACAAUGGAAGUAAACAAUACCCCAAUCAAGGAACUUGCCAGAUAAAUCAACAGUAAGCAAUCCAACCAAAGAACUUCUGAGAUCGCCCUCACCAACACUUGACAGGGUAAGCCACCAGAAUAUACCUUGAGAGGGACCACCACUCCCUACUAGCAUUGAUGACAUUACUUAGUUGGGCCAUGGAGUGUCUGCAACAAAACAGCCAAGCUCAGAGAGCACCAAGGACCCUUCCUUCCCACCCUGAGCUACACAAAUAUUCUCUUUUAUCUCUUGAUCUUCUAAUAUCCAAAACAUAGAGAAUCAUCCAGUUGGGAUCUUCAUUAAUUGUCUUUCCUUGGGAUUCCCUCCAGUAUGAUUCCAUUCCGAUGGGAGCAAAAUAAGAACAAUGGAUUGGAAAGCAUAAAAGGAACAAGAAAAGGAGAAGCAUUUGUGCCACCUGCUCAGUUUGCAGAAGUGAGCUAAAUGUUGGUGCUCACCCAGACAGUAUUCGGUUUCUCCUUUUUAUUGGCAGUUUCUCUUUUUGGGAUGGGAAAUGCUGUGUUUUCAAAUCUGCCAUUUUUAAGUUUAAUAAUUUUUAAUUGUCUCCCAUCCAUUGGAAGCUCUCAGCAAGAGCAGAUGGAGAAGCUAGCUUUAUAUUAUUAUUCCUUUGACUCAAAGCUCUCUUCUCUUUUCUCAUGCAAACUCUCUCCUAAUUCUUGCAAGGGAUUGUUACCCGGGUGUACCUAUAAAACAAGAUUCCGUACCGAAUGACAUUAGGAAGGAUCUUUUCUUGCUUUCCUUGAAAAUUCAAAGACCUUGGGAGUUAAUUUCGUUUCAAAAUAUUAAAUGCAAUUUCCUCGCUAACCAAACAAGUACAGUAAGGAGAUCUGCCAUUGCAGAGUGUUUCCAUUUCUUUUUCUCUUAGAAGCCAGCUUUGGAGUUUUUGCAUGGGAGGUAAUUUACACUGCUUAAGCUGCAGAAAAAUAAUAAUAGCACUGCAUUAAUGGCUACAGAGGGCUGGUUGGGAAAAAGUUAAAAUGCGACUGAUAGUCGUAUAAAUGAUAAAUGGCAUCCCAAAACAAAUUAAAUUGGUGCUUUUCGAGGAGCUAAAACUCUUUCCAUAGAGAAAAUUCUGUCAGACAAAUAUAUUCGGUUAGCCUGAUUCAUUUACUGGCUUUGGCCAACACUGCCAUUCAUAGAGAAAAGUUGUGCCAUGAUUCAGUGGGUUUCCCAUCAGUCUGACUUGUGGUCUUGCAGCCAAAUUAGAUAUCAGUCAAUCUGCGUCUCGAAAACAGGUUGCUGCUGCCUCACUUUUACCUAGCAGAUUUCUCAUGAUGAUUUAAAAGGAAGAGAUCUCCCCCCCCCCUCCCCUCCCCAAAUCAGUUCUGUAUCUGCAUUUCUGCUGGGGGAGAAGUAAUUAGAGAAAAGCAGACAGGAAAGUUUUCUCCUCAAUACAAGUUUAUAAAUUGUUUGCUGAGUUUAGUUUUACCCUUUGAAAAUCCUGUGGGUUUUUUUCUUCUUCUGUGUGUGUACACACUCACACACACACAUACACACACACUUACACUUACUUUUGCAAGUACUGUAAUGCUAGGCCUAGGCUACCACUAGUAGCUUGGAGAGCAGCUGUUUAUAUUUUAUUUCCGGGUGUAUUGCCAUUCGUAUAUUUGGCAACCCCAAUGGCAACUGUUUGUCCACCUUUGGCAAACUGUUUUUCAAAGUUUUGAAACAUUAAUGAGGCAUUUUGAACCUGGCUCUCAAUGUCCGGUUUACGAUAGUCAAACAUUAAUUUUGUUUUUUUUUAAAAACGAGCAUUCGUAGUGGCGGAAAGCGCCUCGCUGUCCUGAUUGUGUUUGCGCUCUGAACGAUUAAAACCGCAUCCCUAGCUUCAAACGCGAAGAUUUGUUCAUUUAAUGCAUCUUACUCUCUUCCACAGUUACCUCAAUAGUUUUCACAAUCACAGUGCUGGUGUUUGUCACGCAUUCCAGUAAUAAAAACUUGCAGCGAGUGCCAUUUUUAUUUAUUUAUUUGUGGUUCUUUUUCAACACAGGUGCUGCUAACUCAUCAAAGUGCAGGGAUAUUGGAAUAUGGAAGGGAUACUGCAAAGCUGUUUAAACCAAUGGUUCCCAAACUUGGCAACUUUAAGAC